AUGUUAUACACCUCUGCACCAAAAUGCCCUGCAAACAGUCACUUUGAUUCCUGUGCCUGUCCUGCCACCUGUGAGAGUCCCAAUGCACCCGCUGACUGCAAAACCAACUGUGUAGAGGCCUGUACCUGCAAUGACGGGUUCCUGUGGAGUGGGAACAAAUGUGUCCCUAAGAAUCAGUGUGGCUGCAUAUACAGCAACGGAGGGCAGAAACGCUACCUACAGGCUGGAGAAUCCAUCUGGGAUGGUGACAACUGUAGCAAAAAAUGCACCUGCAACCCAACCAAUGGUCAUGUUAUAUGUAACAGUGUGAGCUGUCCAAGUGGUACCACAUGCAUGGUUGCUAAUGGGAUCAGAGAGUGCCAUGCAGUCUCCCAGGCAACCUGCACCAUCUAUGGUGACCCCCAUUACAUCACUUUUGACAACAGCACCUACGAUUUCCAGGGCACCUGCACAUACACUGUAGCUCAGGGCUGCCAUCUGGAGGGAACACACCUCACUCCAUUUGCAGUUAUAGUGGAGAAUGAGAAGUGGACAGAGAUCAAAGAAAACCCAAAUGUCUCUGCGGCCAAGGUGGUUGUUGUGGAAGUGUAUGGAAUGAUCUUAGUGCUGCGAAGAAACCAGCUACAUCAGAUAACGGUUAAUGGUGUUAUAGUCAACAUCCCUAUAAGUCUGGAUGAUGGAAAAAUAACUGUCCAGCAAGUGGGCUUUCAAAAUGUAAUCACUACAGACUUUGGCCUGAUCAUCUCCUAUGAUAUGAUUUAUCACGUCACCAUUACAGUCCCAAGCAGUUACCUGGGAAAGACCUGCGGCAUGUGCGGAUAUUACAACGGUAACAAGAACGAUGAGUUUCUGUUGCCAGAUGGUAAAGAAACCAAAGAUGUAAAAACAUUCGGAGCUGCUUGGAAAGUGCCUGUUCCUGGCGUUGUUUGUGAUGAUGGCUGCAGUGGUGACGUGUGUCCAAAGUGCCCUGAAAACAAGAAACUUGUGUUUGAAAAGGACUGCAGUACCAUCAUCAACCCUCUCGGUCCAUUUGCUGCAUGUCACAAUGUAAUUAAUCCUGAGUCCUACUUCAGAGAUUGUGUCUUUGACGUCUGCAUGGGUGACAGAGAUCAUGACAUGCUCUGCCACAUUAUUACUACAUACAUGACUAAUUGUCAGAACCUUGGAGUUACUGUUGAAAAUUGGAGAACACCAACAUUUUGCCCUUUGAAAUGUCCUGCUAACAGUCACUAUGAAAUCUGUGCGGGAUCAUGUGACACACCCUGUCCUGGCCUCCGUGAGAUCGUCAGC